UGAGAAACUGUUUAAAUGUCAGUCAAUCAGCUGAUGGCGGUGGCGGCGGCGGCAGGGUUGUGAGGGCAGCAGGGCCUGCAGCUGCUCUGGCCAUGGCUGGCAGCGUCCUGCACACUCUUAUCGAAGUGUCUGAACAUUUCCAAGAGGUGAUGAGGCUGGCUGCAGCAGAUGGCGUGCUGGAAUCCUGGGGGCUGGAGUUAGUGCUUCAGAAUGUGGCACUCAAUCUACAAGAGGAUGACAACUUCCAUGGCAACCUUCUGUUUGGCCUCCACUCCCUGUUACUCCUCCUGGCCAGGAAACUUGCUGAGUUGGGACAUGAGGUUUUGGGUGAAGGCUGUGGUUGUGGUUGGGACACUUCCCACCUUCCAGAGUCUCAGCACACUGACAUCCACCGCUACACCUCAGGGACGGUGGUACGCUGGGUGAGAGGCGAGUGCUAUGUCCUUCUUGCUUCCACCUCCUCAGCAGGCACCACCACUACCUCCGCUUCUUCCCCCUCUGCUGAUCAAAACCAGGAGCAGCAGCAGCACCAGCAGGUAUACCCUGGUGAUUGUGCCCAAGAGGAAGAAGAGUAUCAGGAUGCCACUCCAGGUGAGGUUGUGUCCCCUGAAGAAGGUGCAGCUGUCAGCGGUGGGGACGAGGACCCUCAGUGCUAUUCUGAGGAGGCAGAAUGUUGUGCAGCUUCACCAUCAACUCAGACUGAGGAUCCUUCCAGCCUUGAGCCAAUGCACCAAGGCACUAAGGGUGUGACAAAGGCAUGGCCAGGGUGCCAGGUUCACUCAUGCUUCUCCAAGAGGAAUGAGAAUGAUCCAGGGCAGUGGCGACGAGGGGCCUGCAAGAUCCACUGUGGCCAGCAAGAAAUGGAGGAAGGACAGUACUCAAAAGAUGAAUGUCAGGGAAAGGUGGAAGAUGAAGAGGAGGAAAGGGAAGGGGAGGAAGAGGAAGAAGAUGACCAAAUAGAGGAAGAGGAGGAAGAUGAGGAAAAGGAAGAAACAGAACAAAUGGACCUUUGCUCAGAAGAGGAAGAGGAAAAGGUACAGGAACCAGUGGAAAUGAGCUGUGAAGAAGAGGAAGAAGGAAAAGAAGUCAGUGUACAAAGCACCUGGAGCAACCAAAACUAUCUUUUUGGCAUGGAAAUAGAUAUGAAGGAGUGCAAAGGAAGUGAGGUUGAGGAACAAACAAACAAAGAAGAGGAGACUGGUGAAGUAACCUCAAGGAACUAUCAGACCAAUAGAGAAAAAGGAGGAGAGGAGUUUGAGCCUGAAAACAGUGAAAAAAAUAGGGAGGAAGAGGAGGAAGAGGAGAAGGGAAAAGAAACUGAAGGAGAAAUGUGCAAAAAUAGUGAGGAUGUUUGUAGAGAUAUCAAAGGCCGUGAAGACUACAAUGAUAAAAGUACUUUAGAAACUUGUAGCAUUUCUAGUCCGCCCACGGUAAGUGAGGUGCCUGGGGAGGAUGUUGCAGCUGCUGUGGUGAGUGAGGAGAGUUUAGAUGGGGACAGCAGCUGCACUUUGAUUAUCCAUGAAGAAGAGGACACCAGAGAGGAGGAGAGAAAGGAAGACACUGCAGAAGACAUUAGUAAAAGUUUCAGAGAAGAUUGUUCGAGAAAAGAAGAUUUUCAAGAAAGUAUCUUACAAGAUGCCAUGCAAAUGAAGGGAAAUGAGAAUACCACUCAAGACAGCUGUAGGGAACUUAACACUAGAAAAGAAAGCAAAGAGGAUGUAAGAGAUGACAGCAGUAAAAAGAAUUGUACUGAGAAAAACUUUAGGGAAGACAAUAAAUUAGACAGCUGUAAGAACACCACAGAAGGUAGCUGGAGGAAAGACACCACCCUUAAUACCUACAAAGAAGGCUUAAGGGAAGAUAAUACCAUAGACAGCUAUAAAAACACACAGGAAGACAAGUGGAAGGAAGAUACCACUAUGAACAGCUACAAGAACACACAGGACAGCUGGAAGGAAGACACAACUAUAGACAGCUACAGGAACACACAAGAUGGCUGGAGGGAAGACACCACAAUAGACAGCUUUAAAAACACUCAGGAAGACAGAUGGAGGGAAGGCAGCACAGUGGAUACCUGUAACACACUCCUGCAGAAUUCACAGCAAGUGGCCAACAGCAGCAACAGUAACAGUUGCAGUAGUCAGCCAGUCCUUCUCCCUCACAGCUUCUCCUUUCCACCAAAGGAGAAAUGCAGUAGUUCUGAUCUCUUUGGCCUGCAGAAUCCCCCCACUCAGCCCACUUUUCCUCAUGCACCACCUCCCAUUCACACACAUUAUGAUGAAGAGGAGGAGGAAGAGGAUGAUGAAGAUGACGACGAUGAUGAAGAGGAAGAAAGUGAUGAUGAUUCUAGCUCUGUCACAUCCAGCUCUUCCACCUCAUCAUCAUCAUCUUCAUCCUCUUCAUCUUCCAGUGAUGAUGACGACAGAAUCAACUUCAAGCAGAGAGUGGAGAGAGCAGCUCAAGCUGCCAGAGAAGCUGAGGCAUCUGCCGCAGCUCGCUUGGCUUCAGCUGCCACACAGGAAGACCAUAUGGGCUCUAGCAAGGACCAUCCAUUGCAGAUGACUUCCCAGGUGGCCCUUCCCCAGCACCUUGAAGAGCAUGCCCAGCUAGGUCCUCAGGAUGAUGAUGUGUCCAGCUCUGAAUCCUCCUCAGAUGAGAUGACCAGUGGAGAGGACCCUGGGGGAGGAGGAGGUGGUCGUGGUGGUGGUGGUGGUGGUGGUGGUGAUGGUAGUGGUGGUAGUGGUGGCAGUAGUAAUGACGGUGUUGGUGUUGGUGUAGCUGUGAGUGGUAAUAAUGGAGGUGGCGCACCUGCUGUGGUGGUGACUGUUGCCCCUACUGCCACUGCACUGGUGUAUGUGGAACCUUCUGAGCCCACCCAAAUGCCCUUGGUGCCCCCAUGUCCAGAACCACCUGAUGCCUCCCUUCACAGUACUCGGGAUCCUGCUGAUCUACAGGCAGCCCAAGGUUUGACCGACCUCCAGAGGGGUCAGAACCAGGGCUUGACAGCACCUCCGUCUGGUGCUCCCCUCACCUGCACUGUUGUGGACCAACUGCAGCAGAUGCCAGCAGAAGUGCGGCGAGGGGGUGGCAGUAAAGGCCUGGAGUGUAUGGUGUGUGGCAAGGUAUUCAACAGGCUGCUUAAACUGAAACAGCACCAUCGCACCCACACUGGGGAGAGGCCUUGGGGCUGUACCAGCUGCAGCAAGACCUUCAGUAGACCAUCCUACCUCCAUAACCAUCGACUCUCCUGCCACACACCAGCCCACCAACAGCAGUUCUCUUGCUAUGUAUGUCAGCGAGGCUUUGGGUUGAAAAGCUCCCUGCAGGCCCACCUGGCCACCCAUGCCACCAACAAGCCUUUCACGUGUGACAUUUGUGGUCAGACCUUUGCCCUCAAGUUUACCCGUGAUACUCACAAAGCCCAGCACACAGGAAGUCGGCCAUGGGUGUGUAGUGUAUGUGGCCGUUCAUAUGUUACCAAGUACAAACUGCGGGCCCAUAUGAAGGCACACACUGGGGAGCUGGUGUGUUCUUUUUGUGGCCGUCAGUUUACAUCACAGGAUUCCUUGGGACGACACCGACGACUGCACGAAAACUCAGCAACAAAGAAUUCCCAAAUGCUCCCCACAUGCUCUAUCUGCAACAAGAAAUUUGCAACACCCAGUCUGCUUAAGAGGCAUAUAGCAAGUCAUGAGCGGCAAAAUGCAGUCAAGUGUGGCGUGUGCUCUCAGGAAUUUGCCAAUCACCAGCAGCUUACAGCACACCAGACUCGGCAGCACCAACAGCAGCCACACCGAAGCCAAGCUGUGCAUCAGUGUCCUGUGUGUAGCAAAGUUUAUGUGCAAGAAGUGUAUCUGACACGUCACAUGGCUACCCACACAACAUUCCCCCAACAAAGUGGACCUGGUCGUCCCCUACCAACAACCAGCACCCAUCCUAAAGAAACAGUGGGAGGGGGGCAGCCAAGCCCCAGUUUGAGCAACCUGCAGCAGUCUGGCACUUCUAUGUUCCAGCAAAGUCAGACUGAGCCUUCACUAGACACUAGAUUAGGCAGACAGGAUGGCUAUUUGACUGGUGCACAACAUCAAAUGGAGACACAUCCCCAGCAGCAUCUUUUACCAGACACAUCAAGUGACCAGACUCAAACCCAACAGGUCUUUCUUAACUACAAUACAGAAAUCUUAGAAGAAGCUGGGUUCGGUUCCACUCAAACCCGGGAUUGAGGGAACAGUUCAGAUUGAUUUCAAGGUAUGCCAUGGUUUUGGUUAAAUUUAAUCAGCUUUCACUGCCCUUCCACUACAACUACUUGUACAUGAAUGGUUUCCUUUCUACACUGCCUUUCAUCCAUAUUUUAUAUACAUAUAUAUAUAUUUGAUACCUGCUGACCUAAAUAAUCAGACAAUAAAAGAAGUAUCAAAUUGCAAACAUGAAUCUCACUGUAGUUGAAUCUCAAUGCUUUAAGCAGUGUCACAUGAUGAAUUAAUAUAGCGGUUGAGUGGUAUGGCUGGUUGAGCUAAAGGGAUCUCAUGAUAAGAAGCUCACCUUCUCCCAAAGAUUAGAUGCCAUGGCAGAGAUAGAGAAAUGAGAGGACUUCUGUAACAUCCUUAAAGUUCAUGGUCUAGAUACAUUGUCUUAACUAUAGCACCAUUCCUUUGGUCAUCUGAUACCGUUCUUCAUGACUAUCUGAAAAGAAGUGGGAAUCACAUACCUUACCUUGUGUGCUGAGUAUUGUGCUGUCUGUGCACACUUUCAGGCACUCAGUGAUAUCACAGUUUUGGGCAGUCUAUAUUUAUAGGUUGGAAAUAGACCACUGACUACACAUCCUAGUACUUCCCAACCUUAAGGAACAAUCAUGAACUCCAGCUUCAGUCUGUCUAAAGUUGUGGUUAAUAUUGCCUUAAGUGCCCAACUAAGGCAUUCAUUGUGACAUGCAGUAGGUGACAACCUUUUGUAGGUGCUACUAUAAAUAUGUCAACAUAGAUUGCAUUCUAUCAGAUGGCACAGCUGGUCAAAGAUUGACUCAGUUUCUCAUAUAUACAAGUGUGUGUGUGUGUGUGUGUGUGUGUGUGUGUUGUAGUAGCAGAAGGUGAAUCUUGAAUGCAUGUAGGAUGCAUAAACUAUUAAACAUUUUCAUCUUAAAAUUACAAGCUUUAUUUUAUUUGUACAUAAGAAACUUGGAAAUUUAUAUAUAUGUAUAUUUAUAGAAAUCAUUACAUUACAAACUUUUGUCAGUAUAUCCGUUUUAUUUCAAACCCUUACAUAGAUUUUCUGAGUACAAGGUUAUGACAGACAGUAAACUUUUAGACUACU